AUGACCGAGGACCCCAACCAUCCGGCUCGUGCCUUCCUACGACGCACGAAGAGCGUAACAAGGGCGCCAGAAGCUGCCCUGGAGAUCAGCCGCAAGGCUGUUGAAGAUCAACUAAAGAUAUGUGGCCACAAGAGGGAUGCUGAUGUCUUUGAGCUGUUCCUUUCUAAAAAAUUUAAUAAUGAGCUCAUAAUAUUGGUACCAUCAUACCAGUAUCCUUCUAUUUCUGGAACAAUGAGCAAAUAUAUUGUGCUCUCUCACUUUCAGCUCCAUGGAAUAAAAUUUCUAACUAGAAACUAUUGUCUGACAGAACUAUAUCUAAACAACAAUGCAAUAUUUGAGAUAGAAGGCCUGCACUACUUGCCUUCAUUGCAUAUACUUUUCCUACACCAUAAUGAGCUAACAAACAUCAAUGCAACAGUCAAGGAAUUAAAGGGAAUGCUGAAUCUGAAGACCCUAAGUCUCUACCAAAAUCCACUGUGCCAAUAUAACCUGUACCGUUUAUACGUAAUAUACCACCUUCCAGGAGUACAGUUGCUUGACCAAAAUCAAGUUACAGAAAAAGAAAGAAGAUCAACGAUUACCUUUUUUAACCAUAAAAAGGCUCAUAUUGCUCAAUCGAUAGCAUUCAGAAGAAAAGUAGAUGCCUCUUGGGAUCCUAGAUCAACAUUUAAACAAAAACCAGCCCAGAAAGUACCUCCAGAUUUUGCAUUUGCAAAUAAUGUAGACAAAACUGUGUUUGAUGACCCAGAAGAUGCUGUUUUUGUAAGGUCCCUAAAGAGAUCAGCGAUGGCUAUUACCUUUCUGAACUGGGACACAGUUCUAACAAGAGAGGAAAAAUACCUUCAAGAGAAAGGUGCAGAACCUGCUCAAAUGCUUACAGUUACACUGAGAUAGCCCCUGAUAUUUCUACAUCCUAGUGUUUGUCUGUUGUGUAUUAAACUUUUCUGUGGUUCAGCAUAUUAGAUAUUUUUAUAUAUUAUUUGGAACAUUUAAAUGUAAGCAGAAACACCAAGAAUGAAAAAUAAUUCUUACACUUUAUGUUAUUUUUGUUGAAGAAGCAUGCAUACAGAAUAAACACAAAUUCUAAGUGUUUAGUUCAAUAAAUUUUUUUAAAAUAAACAUGUUC